CAACCUGGAAUCUCUCUUGCUUUGAGAAGCAGAAUGACUUUCUUGCAGUCCUUUCCUGAGAGGAGGGCCUAGCAGGGCAGCCACCGUGCUUUUUCCAAGGGACUGGCUUUUAGUACCGAUGAGACUCUCUGCAACCCAGCAAGGCCUGACCAUCUGAUUGUGAGACCCAUCUACAAACAACCCUCAUUCUCAGGUGUGUGAUAAAAAUGGUGCAGAAGUAUCAAUCCCCUGUUCGAGUCUACAAAUACCCUUUUGAGCUCGUCAUGGCAGCAUAUGAAAAACGCUUUCCUACGUGUCCAGAGAUUCCAGUCUUCCUGGGGAGUGAAAUCCUGCAUGAAUCCAGGAGUGAUGAUGGAGCUAUACAUAUCAUCGAACGGAGCUGCAAACUCAAUGUGGAUGCUCCUAGGCUGCUAAAGAAGAUUGCAGGGGUAGAGUAUGUUUUCUUCAUCCAGAAAAACACAGUGAACUGGAAAGAACGAACUCUCCGCAUUGAAGCCCACAAUGAGACUUUUGCCAACCGUGUCGUCGUCCUUGAGACGUGUAGCUACUCAGUACAUCCUGAGAAUGAAGACUGGACUUGCUUUGAACAGUCUGCAUCUCUUGACAUCAAGUCAUUCUUCGGCUUUGAAAGCACGGUGGAAAAAAUUGCCAUGAAGCAAUACACGUCAAACAUCAAACGGGGCAAGGAAGUGAUCGAGCACUAUCUGAAGGAGCUGAUCUCGCAGGGUAUCACGUUCAUCCCGCGGUGGACACCUCCCCCAGAGAGCGGGCAGAAGGACGAGCAGGCCCUGGCUGCUGGAGCCCACGUCGAYGACGGCGCCGUCGAGUGCGGGGCUCGCGGAGCUGCCAAGGAGCAAGCUGGCAAUUCCUGCCCUCCGGCAGAGGCAGUCAGUCCCGAUGCUGACAAACUGGACGCCGAUUACAUCGAGCGGUACCUGGGCCAGCUGACUCCCAUGCAGGAGAGCUGCUUGAUCCGCCUUCGCCAGUGGCUUCAAGAAACRCACAAAGGCAAGAUCCCCAAAGAUGAGCAUAUCCUUCGGUUUCUGCGGGCUCGGGACUUCAACAUCGACAAAGCUCGAGAGAUGCUCUGUCAGUCCCUGACGUGGCGCAAGCAGUACCAGGUGGAUUACAUCCUGCAGUCGUGGAGGCCCCCGGCCCUCCUGGACGAGUACUACACUGGAGGAUGGCAUUACCAAGACAGAGAUGGGCGACCCCUCUAUAUCCUCCGUCUUGGCCAGAUGGACACAAAAGGUUUGGUGAAAGCUCUGGGAGAAGAAUCUCUACUGCGACAUGUUCUGUCAAUUAAUGAAGAAGGACAAAAGAGAUGUGAGGAAAAUACCAACCUCUUUGGCCGCCCCAUCACAUCCUGGACGUGUCUAGUAGACUUGGAAGGCUUGAAUAUGCGGCACCUCUGGCGUCCUGGAGUUAAGGCCCUGCUGAGGAUAAUAGAGGUUGUUGAGGACAACUACCCCGAAACCCUGGGGAGACUACUGAUAGUGCGAGCUCCCAGGGUUUUUCCUGUGCUCUGGACACUGGUUAGUCCCUUCAUCAAUGAGAACACAAGGCAGAAAUUUCUGAUUUACAGUGGGAAUAACUACCAGGGGCCAGGAGGGCUAGUAGACUAYGUGGACAAAGAUGUGAUCCCAGACUUCCUGGGAGGAGAUUGCGUGUGCAACGUCCCAGAAGGUGGGCUUGUUCCCAAGUCCCUCUACCAAGCAGAUGAAGAGACGGAGAACUCGGAUCACAUCCGGUUGUGGACAGAAACGAUCUAUCAUUCUGCAAGUGUUCUCAAAGGAGCUCCACAUGAGAUAGUUGUAGAGAUUUUGGAAGGGGAAUCUGUGAUCACCUGGGAUUUUGACAUCCUGAAGGGAGAUGUGGUGUUCAGCCUCUUUCACUCCAAACGAGCUCCCGAGACUAGUCGCAAAGAAGCCACGUUACCAAGUACCUCUCUUGUGGGUGACAACGUGCAGCUCAUUGAUAAGACUUGGGUCCUUGGGGUGGAUUACAGCCGUAUGGAAUCCCCACUGGUUUGUCGGGAAGGAGAGAGCAUCCAGGGAUCUCACGUGACUCGCUGGCCUGGCUUUUACAUUCUCCAGUGGAAAAUGCAUGGGCCUCUGCCCUGUUCUGGCACUAGCCUCCCUCGCGUGGAUGAUGUCCUUGCCUCUCUGCAAGUUUCCAGUCACAAGUGCAAGAUCAUAUACUACUAUGAGGUGCUUGCAUCCAAGGACUUCAGGGGAUCUAUGUCCAGCCUGGAAUCUUGCAACAGUGGCUUUUCCCAGCUCAGCGGAGCCACGACGUCGUCCAACCAGUCCCAGAGCAGCUCCCACCUUUCCAGAUAGCAGGGCCAGGGCUCUGCUGACACGGACACGUUGCUGGGGGCUCCGGGGCUGCCCUGGAGCCGCCCCGAGCCCCAGACCAAAGAGCCCGCGGGGCUGAGCCUCGAGGUGACUGCUCGUGUGACCAGGUAGCAGCCCCUUGGACACGGGAGCCUUUGGGAAGUGUUUUCAACAAAGAACUUGGAAUUCCAACGGCGGCUUUAGAAUUUCUCUAUGGCGCCAGUUUCCUAGUCGUCUUUUUCAAAAAUCAUGAUUUUUUGGGUGAAUAUCAGUUUGCAUGAAUUAUGCGUUACUAAAGUUUAAAGGGCUCUUUCCAAUCAGUCCCUUUCCUGCACAUGGUAGGAAAGACUGAUGUUGCCUUAUCUGUUAUGAUCUGUAGGACUAGAUUACUCAUGUGUAGCAAAAAAUAAUCUAGUUAUCUGGAUGCCCAGGGUACCAAUUACACAUCAGAAAGUAAAGUGGGCAUUUCAGCAACCUGGACUUAAAUUGUAAAUACCUUAAAACAGAUACAACAUGUUUCAAAAAUCAAUUCCAGAUCAAAUGUAAGACCUCUUUUGAUCCAACUGGAUAGUGUUAGAGAAUUUUUUUAAGCUACUGAGAUAUAAAAAAAMCUGUUUUCUAGAAAAUAUAGGCAGAAAAACUGUCCAGAAAGCAGAAUCUUUCUUAAAGAUAGACUAYUUUUCCUUUCUCCUCAGGUUUACAAGCAAUAACAAGUAGAUCUGACCCAUCUUGUUSAAGUGGAUGGGAACUGAUUCAGGUUAUAAAGGGCUAAGAAAAGCAAUAUUUUAUUUCCUGAAGGCACAAYGUUUUAUGACAGUAUUAUAGAAUUAGCUUCUUUAAAACUUGAGCUAACUUGAAGAGAAAUCUUUUUCUUUUWAAAAAAGCAUGUGUGUAUUUAAGCACUUACUGAAACAUAUUUAUUCAAAUACUAGCUUAUUUUAAAUUAAUUUUAACUUAUAAUUUGAAAGAUAUGACUAUUUAUUAAAUCCAAUAUUACCUUUUUUUAAAGGGAUGAACUUUUGUUUUAGAAAGGAGUAACUGAUUGUCUUCAAUCCCCAGAGACUUCUGUUUCAGUCCUAAUCUUUGCGAUUGCUGGAUGUUCUUAAGUAAAGGGCUGCAUCCUAUAUGACAUAGGGGAUAAGGGCUGCGUGUCACCGUGCCGUGCAAGGUAAGGGGGGACAGUUCCUCGUUGGAGCCGCUCUUUGGCCUCCAGGAGCUGUGAAACACAACCAAGGGCUCUGGGUGCAAGGAGCGCAGAGGGGACCAGUGAGGGCYGGAUUGUUUCUUCAUCCAGCAGAGCAAUUCCCAUGGCCGUGGCUGCACCUCUCAGCACAGAGUCAUUUUCUCCCUCCCACCAAGUCCUACAAAGGGCAGAAUAGAAGUCGUGCAGUUAAGGGGAACACACACGUGCAGCAUUUUCCAACCCUGUUCCUUUUGUUAUUUGGAAGCACCAGGCAUGCUUGACAAAGGAAGAAAGUGCCCCCAUAAUUGCAACAACAGGAGGUGAGGAAUAUUGUUUAUUUAAUUUACUUCUCUUUCUUUUUUUUUUUUUUUAUUUUAAAGAAAUAGAGCCAAGAAACUAAUCUCUCAGCUUGCAGCUUUCAUUGUGAAAGCUGAACAGUUAACUCAUACAGGAAAGAUUUAUUUGGGGGCAGGGAGAAUUGCCCAGUAGUCCUUUAGUCUUUACAAUCUCCCUCAGAUGAAUGAGACUUCUUUUCCCCUAUUUCAGGCUAAUUUGAGUCGUGACAUGAUGAAAACUACCACCUUUGCCAUGCAAAAUCAAGAGWUGCUCAGCAAUUAAUUGUGCGUGUUAUGUCUUUAGCCAUAAUUAAUUCURUGCUAAAAAUACACGUUUUGAAAUUGAUUUUCAACACCUCAGCAUGAGACCAAGCCCUCCUCUUGUGCUCUCUUUCAGCAUUUCAGCCUUGCUUCUUAGUUUGAAUAUUUCAUUGUGGUAAUUAUCCUGUUUUCUGCUUUGCCCUCAGUUUACUCUGGCUAAGUAUCUUUUCCAUUUACUUGCUUUUCUUAUUUUUUAAUUUAYUUAAAAAUGUCACAUAUGUCAUUCUCAUCCCACCAAGGAAACGUUUAGAGUGUUUGGCUCUGUCAGGGAGCUGUCUGAAACUUGUCCCGCUCUCCCAUGUCCCUGACUUAGCCAGGGAAAGCCAGCAGAGAAGGGCUCAAUCCUAUGGAGCUCCGUGUCGGUGCCUCCUGUGAUGCCCCCGARUGCCAGGGCAGCGGAGGCCGGGAACAGGCUGCCCGCCGGGAGCUUUUCCCUCCUGUUCUCCCGGCCUACGGACCCUUUUCCUUUCCAUCCUUAGCUGUGCUGCUGGGUGAUAAGUAUCAUUCAUUCCUCUGCCCCAYGAGAGCCUGCUGCUCACGUCUAUUUGUGCAGCGAUUCAUGUGAUCUCUCCCGAAUCUAUUUUAGACUAAAUUGCUUAGUUUAUCUACACAUUUAAUAUGAAUUUCCCCUCCCCUUUUAUUUUGUGAAUACUAAUGUAACUGGGGAAAGGAGGUGGCAGCCUGGAUGCUACUUUUUAGACCUGACUGUGAGGUGUAGGUGCAAGAAAAGCAGAAUUCUUUAGGAAUCCUUCCCUCCUCCCAGCAAAAUUAAUUAGCUUGAUUUAGCAAGUAAGACCCCUGGUUUUCUUCACAGGAACCUCUUAGGAGUUGCGAGUAAGCCUGGAAAUGCCUCUGGAUUCUGUUGACAGUGCUUCCCUGUAGAUCCCGUAAGCCAGCACCGUAGGCAAGCUGAGCUCCCAGCUUUGGGUGCCGGGUUAGCGGCACCUCGAGGCUCUCCCUGCUCCUUAGCCAUAUCUCAGCAGCUGCUGUUUCAGGUAAGCUCAGAGCUCCGUGUUCAGGUACCAGCCGAGCGCUUCAAAACCAGCUCCUCGGGAAUGAGGGCUUUUCCCUGAUKCACAUAUUCCAUAUAUAAAACCUAACGCCUACCUCAAAGAGCUGUUGCCAUGUUUAAUGUUUCUUAGGUGAGAUCUCUUCGAGAAAAGAUGCUGUGUUGUAGGUACCAAGUGUUAUGCCACUGUUUACAAUUAAAUAUGGCCGGAUUUGAAAUCUUUAUUUUUUCCAGGUUCUAUGAGUAAGUCUCACUUCACUGUUUACUGGUGCCCAGAACAGUAGAACUGGGAAAGAUCAAUAGGGAGCACUUAAAAAAUGGCACAGGUAUCAAGAAGGGCAGUGCUGAGGAUGCUGCAACUGAGGAGUUUUGGCUAAGCAUUACAGUGUUCUUGCAGGCUUGGAAAGGGCUGUCUCUUAAAUGGCUUUAGACAGAAUAACUUAGUCUGGCGUAAGGCAGAUGCUAGUUCAGAAGGAUGCAAAAUGAGCCAUGCUGGCUCUGCGCCGCUGCCUGCGUCGCGCUGGUGCAGGCACCGCAGUGCCAGGCUGCUCUUCUCGGGCUCCUGUGUCUGAUCUGGGCCAGUUUGGUUGGGUCACUUCCCUUUGAACAACAGUCUUAAGAAAAAAAUAUCUUUUAGUAAGAAUGCAUGAACUCUAAUUAAAUGGCUGAAAUUCGCGUUCUUGGUGAGUUUUGCAUUCCGUGGUGAACAAGGCACGACCCUCUAGUUCUGGCUUUGAAUGUUAAGAGGGAGCCUGAAUGAUUUUUUUCAAGGCUUGCUGGGCUUAUUGAUCUCAAGAUCUCAAUGGCCUAAUGCAGUCGUUUUUAGGCAUGUGAUGUUUGUUGCAGUUCUCAGCCUAACUAUCAGCUCAGGUGUUGAGGGGUUGUGCAUUGACAUGGGAGCUAACUCCAGCCAUACUAGAGGCAGAGGAAUCCCUUUUAAAAUGCAUUUUAUUUUACCAGCUCAUGCUGCUUUAAUACUCCAAAUGUUUAUACUGUGAGCUAAAACCAGAACUAUUUCUGUAAGGACUAAAAUGGAUGGGCAUUUGUCAAAGAUUCCUGCAUGCUCUUAGCUUUUAAUAUUCUUCCA